UUUAUAGAAGAGUCGUUUAUUACUCCAGUUUCUGCUAUGAACCUAAACAUUGCAGGUUGGGUCAUGUAAAUUACAAAGAAGCAUUUGGGAAAAUGUUGUCAUUUAAAGAACAAUUUUUGUUGGCAGCUGGCUUUGGGUAAAGCAUUAUGAAUGAACAACUUUCUAUGAUGCUGUUUGUUACUUUACGUCUUUUUUUGAAGCCGUACAGGCUUUAUUGACUUUUCAUUUGGUCGAAAGAAAAACGGCUAUGAAAACUUUUUCUCCAUUUAGCUCAUCCGCGAAGUUAUACAGAGCAAACCACAAAAAUAAAAUUAAAUACAAAAUCUAGCAUUGCUCAACACAAAAUACGUUUUAAAAGUAUACCUGUUUAUCGGUUUUUGUUCAAACAACGAGUUAUAUAGGAAGGUUUGCUAAAUGUCGUCUCUCGCACGUUGGAUUAUUACCAUUGGAUUGGAGGUUCAUGUUCAAUUGUCUACAAAGUUGAAAUUAUUCUCUAGAGCACUGGCCGAAAAUCAUAAGGCUCCUAAUUCUGCUGUGUCUUUCUUUGAUAUUUCGCUUCCAGGAACUCUUCCCAUUGUCAACCCAGAAGCCAUUCGUCUUGCAACAAAGGCUGCUCUGGUAUGUAAUUGUGAAAUUGCACCGUCUUUGGAGUUCGACAGAAAACAUUACGUUUAUUCUGAUCAACGUGCUGGAUUCCAAAUUACUCAAAAGAGAAGACCAUUAGGAACGAAUGGUUUCGUUCGUUUAAAUGCCGCCUUGGAUGGCGUUGAGAAGGAUCAACUUGUGGAAAUCAAAUGUCUCCAAUUGGAACAGGACACCGGAAAGACGGUUAACGAGUUGAAUGAGGAUCUUGUUCUCCUUGACUUCAAUAGAGCAAAUGUGCCUUUGAUUGAAGUUGUUACAGCACCUUGUUUCCAUAGUCCUCAUGACGCCGCUUGUUUCCUUCGUAAACUCCAGACUAUCCUUAGACUUGCAAAUGUUUCGGACGCGAAAAUGGAAUUGGGAAAUAUGCGUUGUGAUGUAAAUGUAUCUGUUGCAAGUGCCGAAAAUCCUACUAAACAAUUAGCUACAGUCGAAUUGAAGAAUUUACCUUCUAUUCGAUAUGUUGAAAUUGCAAGUGAGCUUGAAGCCAAGAGACAAAUUGAGCUCCUUAACAAUGGAUCCUCUCCCGUGCCGGAGACGCGUUCCUACGAUGUUGAGAAGAACGCUACCGUUUUUCUUAGAAAAAAGCGUGGCCCUUCAGACUACAUGUACUUGCCUGAAGCUGACAUUCCUGAAAUUACUCUUACUUCUGCGUACGUCGAUGACGUACGUAAGAGUAUUGGACCGUCCGUAGAUGAGCUUCUUGAGACAUUGUUGCAAAAGAAAUAUUUUAACCUUCAAGACGCUAAAGCUCUUUUGCAAACGGAAGACGGCCUUUCCUACUAUCAAGUUUUAGUCGGUGAAUUGGAAAAGGUCACCUCUUCUAUGUCCCCGGAUGUGCAACUGAAGGCAGAAAAACUCAUCCCUUUUUGGUUGGUGAAUGAAUACGUCGGCGACUGUGCCAAUGCUCCAGACGAGAAACGUGACCUGGAUACUAUUCCACCUGCUGAUCUCGCUUUUCUUUUGGGCAAUCUCGCAAAUGGAACGCUCUCAGCUUACGCUGCUAAGCAUAUCCUUCAGCUUGCUGUUCAGGAUCCAAAGAAAAACUCAAUUUACAAGCUUGUAAAUGAAAAUGCAAACGCGGAGUUUGAUGAAAACACGUUAAAGGAUUUGGUGAAUGAACUUAUCCAAGCCAAUGGUGACAAGGUGAAUGCCUUGAAGGUGGGAAAGGACGGUGUCUUAAAUUGGUUCAUUGGAAAUGUGAUGAGACGCUCCUCCGGAAAAGCAAAGCCUGAUGAAAUUAAACGACUCAUCAACAAUACGGUGCUCUGUGAAAAUUCCAGCAAGUAACUUACAUAAAAAAGGGACUCGGUAUAGAAUUUUUGGUCGAGGACAUUAAUUUAUUGAACAAACAACUCGUUAAAAGAGGUUAAGGGUUGAAAAGAAUAAAAAUAAAUACGGAUUACACAUUACAAUUGGUUUGGGAUUCGGAAUAUGGGGACGAUCGUUCCUUUUGCAAACUACUUCCAGUAAACUUACUUUUAUUGCAAUGAUAGAUAGAAAGGUAAACAAGAACACCAAUUAGACCCAAAACAAUCCUCUUUUAUUUUUCUAAUCUAACUAAACAAUCGUUAUGAUGGCUUAAAGGAUGGUAUCACAGGAGUCGUACGUAUCAUUAAGAAUACGGUAAAGAUAGGAUGGAGGGUAUCCUCCGCUAAUACUUGUUAG